AUGGUUAAUAGCAAACGAGCCGAAAGCGAACAAGAGAAGGCAAAAUAUCUAAAGAAACAGUUUAAAACUGAUUCACAGAAAGGUGGUCGAAUAUAUCUUUUCUGGGGAGAAGAAAUGCACGCUAAAAGUAUUGACGAAAAGGUUCUUGAGCAAGAGAACAUAUUACCACAAGCAAGUGGUAAUAACGACUCGAAGAUGUGGGUAUCGUUGAAAAAUUUUAUAAAUAUCAAAGAACAAUCCCAAAAACCCGUAGAUAUGAAAAUUACUCUCAUCAAAACGUCUAAUAAAUUCGAAAUUAUUUAUGGAGAGGUAUCAGGAAGGUUGGGUUCGCUUGGAAUACCCACUGCCUGUCGUAAAAAGCGUUAUAUUGACAAGAAAACACAGGGUAAACGACGGCAAAUUGCAUCCGAAAUUGAAGCUGAAUUGAAUGAGAAUCGUUCACCUGUAAGAUAA